AUGGUGAGCCAAGUCGAUAAAACUCAGUCGGCUGUGAAACGUUAUUAUAACAUUAAUAAGAUUCUAAUGUCGAAGAUCGGCAUUUGGCCGGGCCAAAGUAAAUUCAUGAAAAUAUUGUUGCCGACCGUAAUACUGUCUUUUCCUCUCAGCAUCGGUAUUCUCGAGGAACGAUUGUUGUUUCUCAUCGAUUAUCAUUGGUGCAUUUUUACGCAUUCCUCGGAAGUGUCGAUUAUGCACGAUUACGCCACGGCAGGAAGAAAGAUGACAAUUGGUUACGCCGCUCUGAUUUAUAUAUUGAUGAGUCUUUACAUGCUAAUACCAGUGACUCCACAAUUAUUAGAUCUGGUCAAACCUCUCAAUAAAUCGCGCCCGUACAAGUAUCUGUUCGAUAUCGAUUACAGCUUUGAGAGAGAAGAAUAUUAUUAUUUCGUAUUGCUUCAUGCCUACAUAACAACUGUAUCGACUAUGAGUGUCAUAGUGAUAAUUGAUACGCUCUACAUGGCGUUUGCACAACACGCGUGCAGUCUGUUCGCAGCUGUUGGACAUCGACUAGAAAAUCUAACUUCGAAAAUACAUUCGAAAAUGAAGAAUCGUCGUGUAGGAACUACUGCCAAGUGUGAACUAGCAAAUAACAUGGAAUACGAGAAAGAUGACGAAAUCUAUCAUGAGCUAAUACUAAUCCUGAAAAGACAUCAACUAAGUAUUCAAUACGUAUGGUUGUUAGAUUCUUCGUUCUCACUGACGUCAUUUAUAUUGUUGUUUAUUAAUAUAAUUGUUAUAAGUCUUCUCGGAAUUCAAAUACUCUCGUUGUUGGAUCGUAAAGAGGAAAUGACCAGAUACGUGGCGAUGAGUUUAGGUGGUUUUAUGCAUCUUUUCGUUUUGAGCUACCCCGGCCAGAGAAUAAUAGACCACAGUUCAGAAAUAUUUCACAAAGCGUACAAUGUUCUGUGGUACAGAAUACCGCGAAAAUCGUCGCGAUUAAUAAAUAUGUUGCUUCACAAGUGCCUUACGCCUUGCACAUUGACAGCCGGCAAGAUGUACGUGCUAUCAAUGGCUAAUUACGCAUCGAUGGUGCAAGCGUCCAUGUCUUAUUUUACGGCCUUGUCAUCGUUCUCCUAA